AUCGUUAUCAACACACAUUGAAAUUAUCUGCUGGUACAUAUGCAGAAGAAUUUUGAUAAGAGGUUUGAUAAAAUAAAAUAUAAACACACCAACGUAGCUGGUUGGUCAGCUACGCGAUAUCGCCAGUUUUUCGCUGCUGCUCAUUCACAUUGCAUCACCGUUCACGUUGUGUUUCGAACCAAUUUUAGCAGUACAUUCCCCCCGUGUUGACAAUGAAUCAUUUGAAGCAUCUUCUUGUGGGUAUUUUGCUAUGCAGUUUCGUACAAAAUGCGUUUUCCAUUUCCUGUUUCUCGUGUGAACAUACGGACAGUGAAAGUGUGUGUGAGGACAAUCUAAUCGAAUGUGAUGCCAGUGCUGCAUCGCUAGGCAUGAUAAGGGUGGCGGCCUUUAAGCCUUCGAUGCAGAUAAUCCAGUCAUCAUCUUUCCGAUGCUUCGAGCUGGUGGUCGAGGAAAAUUCCGCGGUUUUCCGAACGCGAGGCUGUGUCUACGAUACGGUUGAUGUGUGUCAGGGUGAGGUGCGUGUCGGUGUCCAGACAGGAUGCAGAUGGUGCAGCGAUAAUGAUGGAUGCAACUCGGCCGGCAGCUUCCAGACGAACGUGCUCCUCAUUGCGGUUGUACUUUUGGUAGGAGUUUUGCAAAAAAUGUUUUAAUUUAAACAGUAUUUGACUAUUAGUUCCUUGAACCUGGAUUUAACACAUAAAGUUCAUUUAGUGAGUGACAAAGAAAUCACCCGAAAGAUAAAUUGUAGUGACCAGAAAUUACUAAAACUAAUUUGAGGGAAAGGAAGUGAAAAGUUACAUUAUUUUUGUGUGCUUCUGCAUAUUUGUUUCAUAGAUAAAACAAUUCCUACGAUAAAAGUCCAAGAACUUUCGAAGAAUUCUUCAUGAACUCUUGUUGUAGAAUAAAACAAUAACACACAAAAUAACACAAAUAUUGGUUUUUCCUUACCUACCUAAGCAAUACUACCACGAAAUACUUCUUAAUACUUUGUUAAUAUUGUCCAUCGAAAAGUUGUAGUAUUCAAAGUAUGGCAUUGGAGUAAUGUGGAGUAAAGUAUUAAAUAAAGUAAACAUCAGUAGCAUA